CUAAUCUCUGUGAGGCUGGGUUUGUACUGUUGUCUCUGAACAGUGAUUUUGUCAUAUGACUGAUAACGAUCCAUGGAGUUCAUCUACUGCAAGACUCCACUAUGGCCACGCAGCAAAACCAAGGAAAACGACCUCAGUACCUUUAAAACGGUACACAAUGGCUCCUACCCUACUACAGAAGCUUUUUAGUAAGAGGUCCAACGCAUCUUCAUCAUCCACAGACUCGAAAGGACCAGAUAUUUGCUGGGCAUCUUCUGAAUUGGACCUGACCCAGAUCCGGCUGAUCGUGUAUCAGGAUUGUGAGCGCAGAGGCAGACAGGUGCUGUUCGACUCAAAAGCGGUCUGCAAAAUCGAUGAAUCAGCGCAGAAGAAUGCAGAAGAUGUUCAUGCCAAAACAUAUGCCAAGUGCUGCCAGACCAACAGGAGUGAAGCCUGCACCAUCAGUUCCCAGAAUGCCCCAUUGGUUGGUAAAUCCAAUGAAAAAGAACAACUGCCGAGAUACCAGUAUACAAGGCCUGCUUCUGAUGUCAACAUGCUUGGUGAAAUGAUGUUUGGAUCAGUUGCUAUGAGCUACAAAGGUUCCACAUUAAAAAUCCACUAUAUACGCUCCCCUCCUCAGCUGAUGAUCAGUAAAGUCUUUUCUGCUAGAGUGGGCAGUGCCAGUGGAAGUAGAAACACGUUGCAAGAUAGCUUGGAAUACAUCAACCAGGAAUCCAGUGUCGGAAAGUCAUGCCCAAAUCAGACCGGUGUGGGUGUCUUCCGCAGCAGCAUAGGUCUUUUGCAGCUUUACAACAACAAACUGCCUGGAGCUCCUGACCCAGCUCCAUUCCGCUUCAUUCGGAGCGCUUCUUUCUUUGCAGCUCACAGCACACCUGUUGACAUGCCAAGCCGGGGGCAAAAUGAAGACAGAGACAGUGGUAUUGCUCGAUCAGCAUCCCUGAGCAGCCUUCUUGUUACCCCAUUCCCAUCGCCAAACAACUACUCCAGCAGCUGUGCUAGCAGUUACCAACGGCGCUGGCUGCGUAGUCAGACCACCAGCCUCGAGAAUGGGCCUGUGCCACGGGGGUACACUGAUGAAACCUUUAGCCUGACAGAUGAAAGCUGUGGCUACAACCCAGUGAUGAUCAGGAGAAAGAAAAUCGCCAUCAGUGUUAUCUUCUCUCUCUCUGAGAAGGAGGGAGAAAACAGGAGCUUUCAGGAUUUCUUUUUCUCUCACUUCCCACUGUUUGAAUCCCACAUGAGCAAGCUAAAGACUGCAGUAGAGAAGGCUAUGAUUUUGAGCAGGAAGACAGCUGAAUCCAGUCAGCGGGUCCAAGUUUACUUAUGUGGUGUUGUGGAUGCCUUGGGAGAGUUCAGGACAACUAUCUGGAAUCUGUACAUGGCACCAAGAAUCACAGAGCCAGUGUGGUUAACAAUGAUGUCUCAUACAGUGGAGAAGAAACAACUCUGUCAGCGCUUUCUUAAAGACCUCACGCUUUUAGCAGAGCAGACCUCCAAGAACCAGUUUCUGUCUGGUUUGCUGACGGCUGUCCUGACCUACCACUUGGCCUGGGUUCCCACAGUAAUGCCAAAUGAUCAUCCUCCCAUCAAGGCAUUCUGUGAGAAGCACACCUCCCAGUCAGUGGACUUGCUGGCCAAAUCUCACCCAUACAAUCCCCUCUGGGCACAGCUAGGUGACCUUUAUGGAGCCAUUGGUUCUCCUGUCAGACUGACCCGGACAGUUGUUGUGGGGAAGCGCAGGGAGUUAGUUCAGCGAUUCCUGUACGUCCUCACCUACUUCAUCCGAUGCUCAGAUCUACAGGAGAUACAGCUGAGGACAAGCGGGAAGGCUGAGGAUGGAGAGCCUGUUCAAACCACCAGCAAAAUCACCACCACACUUGAGAAAGGGGAGGUGGAGGAUUGCGAGUACGUAGUGGUCACAGUCCAGAGCGAAGCCAGCCAGAAGUGCUCUGAGAAACUGCAGGACAACACUGCGGAGCCAGCCAGCAGUCCAGAGAGUCCGGGUAUGUCAGCUAAAGACAAACCUAAAGCUAGGUACAGAGAGUUGACAGAGAAUGAAAAACUGAGCUCUGCUAGGACAGCGUCGGAUAUAGAGGCCACCCUCGUUUGCAGCAGUCUGAAAUCUUGCCGGGAAGUGGCUACUGGCAGUCUGGAGGUUAAAAAGGAAAUGUUGGUCAAAGUGAUGGGGGCGGCAGCCGGCAGCAUACAUUGUUUGGCGGGGAUGGAGGACUGCUCGGCCACAGUAUUAGAGUCCAGUCCUUCAGUGGAAAAGAAAUCCAUCAUCAUGUCUUCACAGGACCUACCUUGCCUCAGAAUGCCCGAUCAUCACAGUCCCCAUUUGGAGAGGGUGAAAUUCCAGAUUGGGAGUUCUGUCUCUCCUGAUUCAGAUCUUGAGAGCAGGAGGAGAGAAAUGGAUAACAAUUACCAGAAAUUCAGGAAAACCACAGACAAAGAAGCAGUAAGUCACCAGAGCGGCCCAGACAGUCCCCUACCAGUCUCUCCAACAGAGGCUCAAAGUGAAUCAGUUACAUCGUCAUUCAAGUCCCGUUUAAAGCACUGCUAUGCCAGAAUCCCAUCCUGUGAGGGGAAUACCAGCAUGUUUGAUGAAUAUUUUUCAGAAGAUAACACGAUUAUCACUCCAGCUGAUUGUAUGGCAGUCCACUGUGGGAAUGCUGAGAGAAAAGUGACAUUCGGCAUAGAAGCCGACAUUCCCAGGAACGAGAGUUCAGACAGUGCUCUGGGAGACAGUGAUGACGAAGACGUACCCAAAGAUCGUAUCUCUUGGCAGAGCUGUGAAGGAAAGGUGGACGAAAGCAGAGAAGAGUACGAGUUGCCACUUCCAAGUACAGAAAAUAUUAUCCAGAAAAAUGCAAACAACUUUGGACGAUCCCUAUUUGGUGGCUAUUGUCCACAAUACAUGCCAGACUUUGUAUUGCAUGGAAUAAGCACAGAUGAAAGGCUAAAGCAGUGUUUAAUGGCAGAUCUUGAUCACACGGUCAGACAUCCAGCCUUAGAUGAGCCAAUAGCAGAAGCUGUCUGUAUUAUUGCAGACACAGAUAAGUGGACAGUGCAAGUGGCUACGAGUCAGAGGAGAGCGGUAGACAGCAAUAAACUAGGAAAAGAUGUCCUUGUCUCAAGCCUUGUCACCAGCCUGCUCCAGUCCAUUCUGCAGCUCUAUAAACUCAAUCUCUCCCCUGAUUUUUGUAUCAUGCAUCUUGAGGACAGACUUCAAGAGAUGUACUUCAAGAGCAAGAUGCUGUCAGAAUACCUGAAGGGGCAGGCAAGAGUGCGUGUGAAGGAGCUUGGAGUCGUACUGGGGAUUGAAUCUAAUGACCUCCCUUUGCUGGCUGCAGUGGCGAGCACACAUUCUCCUUACGUUGCUCAGAUACUGUUAUAAUUUAUUCUCAGGAUAUACUUUUCAAAAACCAGUUUAAAAAGAAAGUGAGUAUGCCCUGUACAGAAGAACUUGCAGUUCAAACUGCAGGCAGACGUCCUAGCAUGUACCCCAAUCCAGCCGUGUGUGCUACCAAAAACCGUGCGCUGAGGAACUGAAGAUGUAGGUGUGGCCUACUGUGGGGAAUCUUACUCCAUAAACGAAGCGGAACAUUUGGCUGUACAAUAUCAUGGACUUCAGUCUGAUUCAGUUUGGAAUUGGGUGUCUGUGUAAUUUAGCUUUCGAAAGAGUGUGCCUAGCUUUCCCAUAAAGAAAAACUGGUUGAAGCUAUUGAAUGAAAAAUUGGAUGAAAAUAUUGGAACAAAACCCAGCAGCUGUUAAUAGUUUAACAAAAAAAAGGGGGGGGGGGGGGGGGGGGGGGGG